AUGUCAACCAAGUUGGAGACUUUCUGGGAGCUGCUGAACAAGCUCGGGGCUUGCCAUCAGGCCGAACUGGAGGCUGCCAGGGCCGGGGCUGGAUGCCCAUCCUCGGAGGAAGAGCGUCAUCGCAGGCAGAUCAGCACGAAAUCAGAGGACGAGAAGUCCGAGGGGCAGAGGCUGCAAGAUGAAGUGGAUAUGACGGGGUCACGCAGCGGCUCUUCUAUUGAGUCAGUGCGUGUGCCUACACAUGGACGGCUUCGUUCAAUGUCUAAACCCAGCUUUGGCAGUUUCGACAACCGCAGUGCCGAUGGCGACAGGUUCUUCCGGGAAACCGAGACGCAAUAUGCACGCACAGUGGGCCACACUCUGCAGGAACAGCUUGCUUGCCAAGCUGAGAACAAGUCGGGCGGCGAGGCUUCCCUGUUUGAUGAGCAGGUCAUCGUUUUCCAUCCGUGGCAGGCAUGGUCUCCCGACGAGGUGCGCAGGCAGAAGCGGCAUCGAACGCCCCAGAGGCCGGCUUCCACCGUCACCGGCCCUGAUUGGACAGACUCUGCCGAACUCGGAGGCACACUGCGGCCUCCAGCAGAGGAUCGGCUGGUCUUCUCACCGGUGGGCUUUGCACAAGUCUUGCGCGACCUUCUUAGCAUCAGCUUUGUCACUCUGGACCUUAUCCUGUUGCCUCUCCGGGUGUUCCCGGACAUCCCUUCGGGAAGCAUCCUCUGCAGUUUGCUUUGGGUGUCGCAGAUCUUCUGGAAUCUCCGCAUGCUGCUGAUGUUCAACACCGGGUAUUACUUCCGGGGCCAUCUGGUGCGCAAUCGCCGGAUGAUUGCGAGGCGUUAUUUGCAGACUUGGCUGGUAUUCGACGCUGUCAGCGCCGGUGUGGACUGGCUUCUAGCCAUCCUCGAUCCAUCCCAUAAUUUUUCGACGAGGAUUGUGCCAGCAGAUGUGAGUUUCGCCGUCCUUUGCCUUUGGGUCUUACAGGCGUCGUUGCGACUCUGUCGUAUCUGCAUCCGUGCCCAGGGGCAGUCCGUGUCUGACGUGGCCAGUGCUCGCUGGAUCAUUCUGCAAUCAGUAGGCCAGAUCCUGUUGGUGCAUCAUGUGCUGGCGUGUGCGUGGUACGCUAUUGAUGCUUAUGCAACCACGGAUGGUUGGACACAUACCCAUGUUCCAGAUGGCGCAGGUCUUCCGUACAAGUACACUACAUCCCUACACUGGACGUUCUGUCAGCUUGGCUUCGGUUCGUCGGAGAUUGAAGCAGUCAACACGCCGGAGAGGAUGUUCUCCUUGUUGGUCGUCUUUGCUGCAUUGGUGGUCUUCUCCACUCUCUUGGCCGCAAUUACAACCAUGGCUACCAAGCUCAACAAAGCAUCAGACAGGAAGCAGGAGCACUUUCGACAGCUGCUGAAGUACAUGAAGCAGCAUCACAUUGACCGAGACCUGCAGAUGCGCGUUUUCGCCUUUCUGGAGCAUGCCUAUGCCUUGCGCCAAGCUGUUGUUGCAGACAGCGAGGUGCCGAUAUUGGAUCUGCUCUCCAAGCCAUUGCAGGCCGAGUUGCAUACUUUCAGAUACAUUCGAUGCCUGAACCGGCUGGACGUCAUGACUCAGCUCUGCCACGCUGUAGACCAGCACUCCAUACAGGCUAUCAAGAGCCUUCCCAAGGUCUUCUCGCACAGGACCUUCGCUCCAGCCGACACUGUCUUCGAAUGUGGCUUGCUGGCCAAAGCAGCUUACUUCAUCGACACGGGUGAGUUCGUCUACGAACUCAAUGGGUUUCGGACUCGUGUAGAGAAGGGCCGAUGGGUAGCGGAGAUGAGUCUCUGGACCCCUUGGCUCCACAUCGGAGACCUUACCACACUCGAUGUCUCGGGAGUCAUUGUGUUGGACGUGUCUGGCUUUGCAGACACCCUCUGCCGCUCAAGCGAGAGCUUGCUUAAGGCCCAGGAGUAUGCACAGCAACUCGCCCAGCUCAUGAACCAGGAGAAAGCCCUGACAGACCUCUGGCAGUGCCAGGUGGCCCCCGCUGCGGCCCCGCGGCAGGGCACCAAGGAAAGCGCUGCACGGAGUAUGAGCCUCUCAAGGCGCUUCAGAUUCUCCUGGCAGAGCCAAGCUCCGAUCUCCUCCAGGAUUGUGCCGCAGGGCUGA